UGUUCAGGACAUGGAAAAUGUGAUAAUUUAACUAAAAGUUGUGUUUGUGAUGAUUUUUGGAUGCCAAAUAUUUUUGUUAAAAUAAUGAAUAAUGGAAGGAAUUUGGACUGUUCAUGGCCUUCCAUUCUAGUUUGGCUUUCAUUAUUUUUUGCAACAUUUAUUUUUAUCAAAUUUUUAAUUUUUUAUUGGAAUAAAAAUGAACUUAAAAGACUACAAAAAUCAAAAUUAAUUAAAAAAAUAUUAUUACAACAUGAUGAUAACCAAAAAUGUUUUAAGCAAAAUGGAAGAUUUAGUCCUGUAAAAAUGUCAAAAAGAAGAAAAAAUCGUGGAGGAGGAGGAGGUGUUGGUGAUUGUUUAAAUGAAUUUAGAAGAAUGUUUUUGGAAUAUUCGGGUAUAUUUUAUUCAUAUUUAUAUUCUUGCCGCCCCGAUUCCCGUUUCCCGAACGAGGGUAUUCCCGACGUUUUCUUUGGGUUGGAAAUUCCCGAAAUCGAGAAAUUUAUUUUUCAGGAAUUACCGAUUUCCCGAAAUCGGUAA